GUAUAUCAUAUAUAAUUUAUAUAGCCGGGAAAAAAACGAGAGAAAGUGAGGGAACAAAACUUAGGGUUUUUGUUUUAUUCUAAUUCUCUCCUUCCUCGCCAGUGCACUGAUCAAACAGGAGCUAGAAGACGAUAUCGUCGCCGCGUAAACUGAUCGUUUCUGCUUCGCUGAUUCCUUAUCACGCUUACUUCCCAGGAAGAUUUUGGUUUUGCUUAAUCAUCUUGAAGGAGCACUGAAUCAAUCUUCUCUGUCUUGGUAGUUCAGUGGUGGUUCUAUAGUAUUCAGUAUAUCAGAUUCGUUGUAGACGUGUUUCAAUUAGAGCGAUUCAGAGGAUUGUGUUGUUGUGAUGGGUACACCUAGACACCAGCAGCCUUUUCAGCACUCUAUGGAACCUGGAUACGGAAACAACGAGACUGUUCUACAAACGGGGAGCACGAGUGCUAAUUUUAGAGCUCCCAAUCAAAAUGCUUCAGAUGUUAAGCAGGUGCGUAACUUCUCCAUACAAACAGGGGAAGAGUUUUCUCUUGAGUUUAUGCGUGAUCGGGUGAUUCCUCAGAGGUCUUCCAACCCCAAUGCAGCUGGGGACACCAAUACAAGUGACUGUGCUUCAGAUGUCUCCAGGAUGAGCACUAUGGAAAAUGGCUUGAGGGGUUAUGACAGAACCAACCCUUCGCUUCACGAGUUUGGAAAUAGACUUGGUCAUGUCCAGUCAGCACGGCAAGCUUCAGUUAGUAAAGAUAGCAGUCUAGGAAAUUUACUAGGAUACUCAUCUUCUUCAGCCUCAGGUAGUGUAAUAGCGAAAGUUAAGAUCUUUUGCAGUUUUGGUGGGAAAAUACUUCCACGCCCAGGUGAUUCAAAGCUCAGAUAUGUUGGAGGCGAGACGCACAUUAUUUCCGUAAGGAAGGACAUUUCUUGGCUGGCGCUUAGGCAAAAAGUCCUUGAGGUUUAUUACCAAACUCAUGUUGUGAAGUAUCAGCUUCCUGGUGAAGAUCUUGAUGCGUUGGUUUCUGUAACAUGUGAGGAAGAUCUCCAGAAUAUGUUUGAAGAGUAUAAUGAGAUGGGAAACCGUGGUGGCUCUGAAAAGCUUAGGAUGUUUCUGUUCUCCAUCGGCGAUCUGGAUGAUGCUCUUUUGGGGGUUAAUAAAAAUGAUGGUGACUCUGAGUUCCAGUAUGUUGUAGCGGUAAAUGGCGUGGGAAUUGGAUCAGGAAGGGACUCUACUACCCUUCAUGGGCUGGAUAACUCUUCAGCAAACAACUUAGCUGAGCUUGAUGUAUGGAACACCGAGGGGAUUAAAAGCAUUGCUGGAGAUGUUGUUGGAGUUAGCGCACAGCAGUUGAUGGCAAAUGGCUUCCAACAAUCAUCUGGUCAACAGUCCGAGUCUAUUCCACCAGGAUCAUCGCUUCAUUAUUCUCAAUCUAUUCCAGCCAGUGGUGCAUAUCAGUAUCAGCAACCUGUUCAGCCAAGUUCGGAUCGUCAGUAUCCCCAAUCUAUUACGCCAGACUCCUCUUUUCAGUAUCCACAUUCCAUCACACCGGGGUCUGCCAGCACUUAUGGAUUUUACCCGCAGUAUUACGGGCACGUGGUUCAACAUGGAGAACGAGAGCACUUUCCUCUAUAUGCUCAAAAUCCUAACUACUCGAGUCUCGCGGAAACUUCCAGUUCCAUACCGUUCCAAGGGCAUGUCAAUCAGCAAGCUGGCUGGGCUGAUGGGCAUCCGCACCCUGGUCCUACUCCACAGAACACGCAAGCCCUUGCUGAGGAGCAGAAGGUAUUACCACCUGAUAUGAAAGUUCAUGAGCAUGUUGAGCCUGAAAACCGUAAAAAUUUGGCAAACGGUCACCAGGAUCCUCCUCAUAUAAAUGAUGCUGAGGUGACGAAUCAGAAUCAAGUUCGGGAGGUUUCUGCUGCAACAACUACUCCUAGCCAGGAGGCACAUUUACUUCCCCCUAGAAGUGAUGCACGGCAAAGCGCUUCUCCAAAGCCUGAUACUUACCGUGAUGAUGUUUUUGCUGGGCUGGUUCCUCUAUCUGUUAAGGAAGAUCAGCUCCCAACUUCAAAUGGCAAUGUUCGUAACGACUCUGAGUCAAAUCUAAUUGAUCUUAACUACCCUGAGCCUGUGCAUUCUCCUCCACCUAAGGUAUAUCGUUCAGAGAGAAUACCUCGUGAACAGUUAGAAGUGCUAAAUCGUUUGUCGAAAUCUGAUGGCUCGCUAGAUUCUCAGUUCUUAAUGUCGCAGCCAGAAACGAACACUGCACAGCAAGAUGCAGCAAAAGAAGCAGCUGGAAAGUCGCAUGAAGAUUCCCAAACUGUUAAUGGUGAUGCUACCCACCAGGAGCAUAAAAGCAUUGAGACAGUCUUUGAAAAACUGGGGGUAUCAGAUGAUACAUUGGACUCCGAGCCCCUGCGAAAAAUUGCGGAUCAUGAUGAUGCAAACAAGAACAGAGUAGUCAAUGGGGCAGAUGUAAACGCAGCAAUUGGUCAUGCUACUCCUGAAGAGCAAGCUUCUACUAACGAUUCUGAUUCACUGCAUGGAGAUAUUCUUAUCGAUAUCAAUGACCGGUUUCCUCGUGACUUCCUUUCUGAAAUAUUUUCGAAUGCAAUCUCAGAGGACACAUCUGCUGUCCAUCCAUAUCCUCACAAUGGAGCUGCUAUUAGCAUGAAUGUGCAGAAUCAAGAUCCAAAAAAUUGGUCGUAUUUUCAGCAGCUGGCUGAAGAACUUAUCCGAAGAGAUGUUGCAGGUGUUGACCAAGCUGAUUCUCACUUUCCAUCUGACAUUAAAGAUGGUGGAGAGAGCUCCAGAUUGCAUCACGUCACACCAAUGAGUAGAGAUGGUAUUUCAGCAAACAUUGGGGAUCCGAAAUUGACUUUAGGUCGAGAUUAUGGGGAUGAUUUUUCUAGAAGUAACGGGGGUUUCACUAGCACUGUACUCCCUACUCUGAAGGAUGAACAUAUGAAGGUCACAGAGAGUGUAGAAUUUGGUGAUAUUGUGGAGAACCUGAGGACGCCAGAUUUUGUACCAAAGGAUGAAAAGACAGAAACAAGGCAUGCUGCGCUUCCUCCACUUGGCUCAGAGUUUGACCGCUGUGGCUUGCAGAUCAUUAAGAAUGAAGAUCUUGAGGAGUUGAAAGAGCUUGGUUCUGGUACUUUUGGAAUGGUUUAUCAUGGGAAAUGGAGAGGAUCAGAUGUCGCUAUCAAGAGGAUAAAGAAGAAUUGCUUUGCUGGGCGGUCAUCAGAGCAAGAGAUAUUGACUGGUGAAUUCUGGGGGGAGGCUGAGAUUCUUUCAAAACUUCAUCACCCGAAUGUGGUAGCAUUUUAUGGUGUUGUAAAAGACGGGCCUGGGGGGACAAUGGCGACCGUGACAGAGUACAUGGUGGAUGGUUCUCUGAGGCAUGUUCUGGUCCGGAAGGACAGGCAUCUUGAUCGUCGUAAGAGACUCCUCAUUGCCAUGGAUGCUGCAUUUGGAAUGGAAUAUUUACACUCCAAAAAUACUGUUCACUUCGAUUUGAAAUGUGACAAUUUACUUGUGAACUUGAAAGAUCCUUCUCGCCCAAUCUGCAAGGUUGGUGACUUUGGUUUGUCAAAAAUCAAGAGAAAUACAUUGGUAUCUGGUGGUGUACGUGGAACCUUACCAUGGAUGGCACCAGAGCUUUUAAAUGGGAGCAGCAGCAAAGUUUCAGAAAAGGUUGAUGUUUUCUCAUUUGGUAUUGUUCUGUGGGAGAUUCUGACGGGAGAGGAACCAUAUGCCAAUAUGCACUAUGGGGCCAUAAUAGGUGGGAUAGUGAACAACACACUGAGACCAACCAUACCAGCCUUCUGUGACGAUGAAUGGAGAACACUAAUGGAGGAGUGUUGGGCGCCAAACCCAAUGGCAAGACCAUCUUUCACAGAGAUUGCUGGCCGCUUGCGAGUGAUGUCAUCUGCAGCGAUUUCGACUCAGUCCAAGCCACCAGCUCACAGGGCUUCCAAAUAAGAGGAACCUUUUCUUCUUAUUAUGUGCAGUGAAAAGUAUUGUUUUCCAAUUCUUUUAAUUUUUUUUCUCCAGUUUUAAUACUCACAGUCUUUGGAGUUUCAGUAGAGAUAUUUCUUGACACUUCCCUUUAUUUUCUUU